CAUAGAAUUUUUUGGUCAUUCAACACAGGUCAUGUCCUCAUUUUUCUCCAACUUUUACUCGUUACAAAUGUAUUUAAGUGCUCAUUUUCUCCUAAAACCUGUUUUCCUUCGUGGGUUUACCAGUUCAUUACAUUUCAUUUUGUUAUUCUUGUUGCUUCUUACAUGGGUUAGCAAGAAAUUCAAGAAGAGUCAUCAUGAGGGUUCGAAGGAGAGGCUUAAUAACACAAAGUAUUUGUGUUAUAAACCAGCUUUAAUGGCUUGUCUGGGUCUUUAUGCGUUUAAUCUAGUGUUGUGCUUAUUGAGCUACAUCUACUGGUAUAGGAAUGGUUGGUCUGAUGAAAGCUUAGUGACCCUUCUGGAUUUAGUCAUAAGAACACUUGCUUGGGGUGUAGUCUCUAUUUACAUGCACACCAAAUUUUCUAACUCCGGUCAUUCAAAGUUUCCAUUUUUAUUGAGAGUUUGGUGGAUUUUCUACAUAUUCGUUUCUUGCUAUUGCCUUGUAGUAGACUUUGUUCUAUACAAAAAACAAGUCUCCAUAUCUGCUCAGUCCUUUGUUUCUGCUGUUGUGUCUGUUAUCUCCGGUCUGUUUUUCAUAUAUGUGGGAUUUGGGGGGAAGAAAGAAGGUGAAGAUACACUUCUUCAAGAACCCCUUUUGAAUGCUAAUGAUGUAGUGUCAAAUAAGUCCACAGGGGAUGCGACUGUAACUCCUUUUUCUAAAGCUGGACUUUUCAGUAUUCUUACUUUCUCUUGGAUGACUCCUCUAAUUUCAGCUGGCUAUAAGAAAAUCAUAGACCUUGAGGAUAUUCCUCAGCUUGAUACUAGAGAUAGUAUUGUUUGGAAUUUUUCAAAUUUAAGGAAUAGGAUUGAAUCAGAUAGUGGAUCAAUUAGCAGAGUCACCUCACUUAAGUUGGUGAUAGCAUUGUUCUUCACGGUCUGGGGAGAGAUUCUUUUGACAUCUAUAUUUGUGCUUCUGUAUUCACUCGCAUCUUAUGUUGGUCCUUAUCUUAUUGACACUUUUGUUCAAUACCUUAAUGGGCGACGGGAGUUGAAAAAUGAAGGCAUUAUUUUGGUGUCUGCAUUUUUCGUUGCAAAGCUUGUGGAGUGUCUCUCGCAUAUGCAAUGGUGUUUUAGAGCAAAGCUGAUUGGAGUAAGGGUCCGAGCAGCACUUGUUGCGAUGAUCUAUAGCAAAGGUUUGACUCUUUCAUGUCAGUCCAAGCAGGAGCACAACAUUGGGAAAAUUAUCAAUCUCAUGACCGCUGAUGCUGAAACAAUUGGUGACUUCAGCUGGUACAUACAUGAUCCAUGGAAACUCAUUGUACAAGUUUGUUUGGCCUUGCUGAUAUUGUAUAAAAACAUUGGUCUUGCUGCAAUCUCUACACUUGUGGCCACUGUAUUAGUUAUGUUGACAAAUAUCCCUUUGGGGAAAUUGCAAAAGAUUUAUCAACAGAAGUUGAUGAUGUCCAAGGAUGCUAGGAUGAAGGCAACCUCUGAGGUAUUAAGGAACAUGAGGAUUCUCAAGUUACAAGGAUGGGAGAUGAAGUUUCUGUCUAAGAUUUUUGAGCAUAGGAAAACUGAGUUAGGAUGCUUGAAAAAAUAUCUUUACACUUCAGCCAUGACCUCUUUUGUCUUCUCAGGGGGCCCAAUAUUUGUAUCAGUCGUCACUUUUGGUACUUGCAUGCUUUUUGGUGUCCCUCUUGAUUCAGGGAAAAUCUUUUCUACACUUGCAACUUUCAGGAUUCUUCAAGGGCCUAUAUUUAAUCUUCCAGGCACGAUUUCAAUGAUAGCACAAGCAAAGGUCUCCAUUGAUAGAAUAACAUAUUUUCUUCGUCUUGAAGAUUUGCAGGCUAACGUUAUUGAAAAGAUUCCAAAAGGUACUUCUUCUGAUACAGCCAUUGAAAUAGUUGAUGGUAACUUCUCCUGGGAUAUAUCUUCCCAGAAUCCUACAGUGAAAGAUAUUAGUUUCAAUGUAGUCCAUGGUAUGAGAGUUGCUAUUUGUGGUACUGUUGGCUCAGGGAAGUCAAGCUUGCUUUCUUGCAUCCUAGGAGAAAUUCCAAAAAUGUCUGGAACCCUCAAGUUGUGUGGGACGACGGCCUAUGUCGCUCAGUCGCCAUGGAUUCAGAGUGGCAAGAUAGAAGAGAACAUCUUGUUUGGUAAAGAGAUGGACAGAGAAAAGUAUGAGAGGGUUUUAGAAGCAUGUUCCUUGAAGAAGGACCUGGAAAUCCUUUCAUUUGGUGAUCAGACAGUCAUUGGGGAGAGAGGAAUCAAUUUGAGCAGUGGACAAAAGCAGAGAAUACAAAUUGCACGUGCCUUGUAUCAAGAUGCUGAUAUCUAUCUGUUUGAUGAUCCUUUCAGUGCUGUGGAUGCUCACACAGGUUCUCAUCUCUUCAGGGAAUGCAUACUAGGCCUCUUGAGUUCAAAAACAAUUAUUUAUGUCACUCAUCAAAUUGAAUUCUUACCCACAGCUGAUCUUAUAAUGGUCAUGAAAGAUGGAAGGAUUAACCAAGCUGGAAAGUACAAUGACAUUCUCAAUUCUGGGACUGAUUUUAUGGAACUAGUGGUUGCACAUAAGGAAGCAUUGUCCACACUUAAUGCUAAAGCGGGAGUUCGAGAUGAAAAAGCUUGUGUCGUUGAGAACAAUGGAAAAUCAGCCAGUGCAAGUGGGCUAAUGAAGAAAGAAGAAGCAAAAAGCAGGGAACCGAAAAGGCAGCUUGUUGAAGAAGAAGAAAGAGAGAAGGGAAGAGUGUGUUUUUCAGUCUAUUGGAAAUACUUUACAACUGCAUAUGGAGGAGCUCUUGUGCCUCUUAUACUGCUUGCACAAGUUUUAUUUCAUGGCCUUCAAAUCAGAAGCAACUACUGGAUGGCAUUGGCUAGUCCUGUUUUAGAAGAUGAAAAGCCUCUUGUGAGCACCAAGCUUAUAGUCGUAUAUGUUAUUUUGGCCAUUGGAAGUUCUUUUUGUGUCCUUGUGAGAUCUAUGCUUCUAGUCACAGCCUCUCAUAAGACAGCUACUUUACUCUUUAAUAAAAUGCACGAAUGCCUUUUUCGCGCUCCUAUGUUGUUCUUUGAUGCUACUCCUAGUGGAAGAAUUUUGAACAGAGUUUCUACAGACCAAAGUACAGUGGAUCUUAAGAUUUCGAAGCAAGUUUCUGCAUUCGCUUUCUCUACGAUCCAUCUUAUUGGAAUUAUUGCUGUAAUGUGCCAAGUUUCAUGGCAGGUUACAAUAUUUUUUGUCCCUGUCAUUGCAGCCUGCAUCUGGUAUGAGCAAUACUACAUACCUACAGCGAGAGAAUCAGCACGAUUACUUGGAGUUUGCAAGGCUUCACUGAUUCAACAUUUUGCAGAAACAAUUUCUGGGUUGACAACCAUAAGGAGUUUCAAUCAAGAAUCAAGGUUCCAGGAGACAAACAUGAAAUUGAUGGAUGGAUAUUCCCGGCCUAAUUUCAGUAUCGCUGGUGCAAUGGAAUGGCUAUGCUUUCGCUUAGAUAUUUUGUCUGCUGUUACUUUUGCUUUCUCUUUGGUUAUACUGAUAUCUGUUCCCAAGGGAGCUAUUGAUCCAGGAAUUGCAGGGUUAGCUGUCAUGUAUGGACUUACUCUGAAUACAUUACAAACAUGGGUUAUAUGGGAUCAUUGUCAAAUGGAGAACAAAAUAAUAUCAGUUGAGAGAGUAAUUCAAUACACUAGCAUCCAAAGUGAGCCUUCUCUUGUAAUAGAAUCAAAUAGGCCAGAUCCAUCAUGGCCUUCACAAGGAGAAGUCAAUAUUUGUGAUCUACAAGUUCGGUAUUCCCCCCACAUGCCACUUGUAUUGCGAGGUCUAACGUGCACUUUUCAUGGAGGACUCAAAACUGGCAUUGUAGGAAGAACAGGCAGUGGAAAAUCAACUCUCAUACAGACACUUUUUCGAAUUGUUGACCCGGCUGCUGGUCAAAUUGUAAUUGAUGGCAUCAACAUAUCUUCCAUUGGACUGCAUGACUUGAGGUCAAAGCUUAGCAUUAUCCCUCAGGAUCCAACCAUGUUUGAAGGGACUGUAAGAAGCAACUUAGAUCCACUUGAAGAGUACACUGAUGAAAAAAUAUGGGAGGCUCUAGAUAAGUGCCAACUUGGAGAUGAAGUGAGGAAAAGGGAAGGAAUGCUUGAUUCUACAGUUACCGAAAAUGGAGAGAAUUGGAGUAUGGGACAGAGGCAGCUGGUUUGCCUAGGCCGAGUUCUACUCAAGAAAAGUAAGGUACUUGUGCUUGAUGAAGCUACAGCAUCCGUCGACACUGCUACAGACAAUCUAAUACAGCAAACACUUCGACAACACUUCUCUGAUUGCACGGUCAUUACAAUUGCACAUCGAAUAACGUCUGUUCUUGACAGUGACAUGGUUCUUCUUCUUAGUCAUGGCCUUAUCGAGGAAUUCGACUCUCCAGAAAGAAUGCUAGAGAACAAAGCAUCAUCUUUUGCUCAGCUUGUAGCAGAAUAUACCAUGAGAUCAAAUUCUGAUUUUUGAAACAACCUCUUAUUGAGACAAUUUGUUGACAAUGAUGAAAAUCAAAGAAGUGUGAUCUGUCUAUUGUUUGAUUAUGAACUCUAAUCUAGCUGUUUUUCUUUGUUUUUGGUAUUAUAAAUAAUACAUUUGGGAGAUCAGUGGGCGUGUGCAGGAACCUAUUUUGAUUGCUAUACAUUUUA